UUGGGUGAGUACAUUGAAAAAGGGUAGAAUGUAAUUGUCUUGUCCGGAAUGAAGUCUUGGCUAAAAAUAUCUAGCGUGCUCUGCAUAUUCGGCUUCCUGCGGGAAAUGCGACCAUCGGAGCCAUACCACGCUGAAAUCCUUGUUAGCGAAUGGUAUCAAUUCACCGCCGAGGAAGUAAACCGCUUUGUCUAUCCAGUCGGCGCCUACUCCCAGUUGGCACUUCUAAUCGUUGUAUUUCUUGUAACGGACUUUCUUCGAUAUAAGCCAUUAAUUAUUGCCAACGCUGCUGCUGGAGUCGCUAUCUGGACCGCAUGGAUCUUUACCACCACCCUUCCUGUCUUACAGGCCACAGAAGUGCUGUAUGGAUUUUAUUCAGCUACCGAGGUGGCCUACUACUCGUAUAUCUACGCCAAGGUGGAAAAGCAAUACUACCCGAAAGUAACUUCGCAUACCAGAGCGGCCACUUUCGUGGGUAAACUAGUGGCGGGGGUUCUUUCGCAACUUGUUAUAGGAAUGAACUGGAUGAACCUCCAACAACUAUUUUUCAUCACCCUGAGUCCUCAAAUUUUGGCAUUUAUAUGGGCUUUCUUCCUGCCCAGAGUGGACAAGAGCCUGUACUUCCACAACAAACCCGAGGCCAUCCAAGGAAAUAGCCAGUUAGAUGCUAAUGGCUUGGAAAAUGCACCCAGAAAAGAACUGGAAUCGGAGAGCAAAACACAAUUUUUUAAAAAAAAAAUGAACCAGGCCUGGAAACUCAUUUGGCUUCAGUUCCGAAGUGCCUACACAAAUCCGUUGGUGGUCCAAUGGAGCCUCUGGUACGCUAUUAACUACGCUGGCUACCAGCAGAUCACCACCUACAUGCAAGUAACGUGGAACACUUUUGAUGAUAAGCCAGUUAUCAUUUGGAACGGAGCUGUAGACGCCGCUUUAACUUUUUUGAGCGCUGUAUUUGCGAUUCUCGCCGGAUAUCUUCAUGCUGGACGUUUCAAGCCUAGGACCAGCUUGAUUGCCAUGGCGCUUUUGUCGAUUUUCGAGGGUUUAAGUGUUCUCCUAGCUUGCUGGACAAAGAACAUCUAUGUGUCCUACAUGGGCUUUGUGAUUUACGGCGCCAUAUUCGCUUUUGCCAUUACUAUGGCCAGCUCCGAGUUGGCAGGCAGUUUGGAAGACGACAGUUUUGCCCUGAUCUUUGGCUUCAACACCUUUUUGGCCCUAAUCCUCCAGUGCGUCAUGACUUUUGUGGUUAUAUCCGAAGACAUGGGCUUGAAUCUCAAUGUUUUCCAACAGUACACGGUGUAUGCAUUCUAUUAUAUUGUUCUGGGAUUAUUAUAUCUUGUAGUGAUUUCCAUACGGGGUGCCUUUUCCUGCUUGAUGGGAAAGUAAAUUAUUACAGGGAAAGUAUUUAACGUUUUAAAACGGAGUCUUAUUAAUAAUAAAUCUUUUUAAACUUGAAUGAGUUUAUUCCACUAGUCCCAAGACGUCUAAUUUAG